AGGCUUUUCCCUUCAUUAGCAAAACAAACAAUUAGCAGAGCGAUAACCCCAAUUCCAACAGCUAACAGCCACUUCAAGAAAUGGCAAGCCCGUUGAAGCUCUAUUUAACUUGCGUAAGGAACACUCUCGAGGCUGCUAUGUGUCUCCAGAAUUUUCCUUGUCAAGAAGUUGAGAGGCAUAAUAAGCCAGAAGUUGAACUAAAGACAAGCCCAGAACUUCUGCUAAAUCCUGUUUUGAUAUGUCGAAAUGAGGCCGAAAAAUGCUUAAUAGAAACAUCUAUCAAUUCACUACGGAUAAGCCUCAAGGUAAAACAAGCCGAUGAACUUGAAAAUAUUCUAGCUAAAAAGUUCCUUAGAUUUUUGUCAAUGAGGGCAGAAGCAUUUCAAGUUUUGAGAAGAAAACCAGUUCAGGGUUAUGACAUCAGUUUCCUUAUCACAAACUAUCACUGUGAAGAGAUGCAGAAACAAAAGCUCAUCGAUUUUAUCGUGCAAUUCAUGGAGGAUAUCGAUAAAGAGAUAAAUGAAUUGAAAAUGUCAGUAAGUACGCGAGGGAGGUUGGUGGCAACGGAGUUUUUAAAGCAGUUUCUUUAACUUCUUCACUAUUGGUGAUCCUUUAGAUCAGUAGCCAUUGUUAGGUAUACUUGAUCAAACAAAGAAUUCUCUUCCUUUUAUAUGUACUUAUGUUCAUA